AUGGUUCGCAUCUCUUUACCAAAUCGCCUCAAAACUUACAGCAGUAAAACCGGUUCUCGAAGUACAAGCCCAAUUCCGAAUACCAACAACAAUAACAAUAUGAAGAAUAAAACUAGUGGAAGGGAUUCCAGUCCCGACAGUAAUGGUAUCAAAGUCAAUGGUUUGGUACUGAAAGUUGUUGUUCUCAAGGCUAGAAAUUUGGCAGCAAAGGACAAGAGCGGGACUUCUGAUCCUUAUCUAGUCCUUACACUUGGAGACGAAAAGAGUACAACUCAUACAAUACAGAAAACAUUGAAUCCAGAAUGGAACGUUACUUUACAAUUGCCAGUUACCGGCACAAAUUCUCUACUCCUCGAUUGCGUGUGUUGGGAUAAGGAUAGAUUUGGAAAGGAUUACCUGGGCGAAUUCGACCUUGCAUUAGAGGAUAUAUUCUCCAACGAUUUGCACGAACAAGAGCCGGCAUGGUACCCUCUGCGGAGCAAAAGACCUGGUGGAAAGAAGGAUAGCAAUGUUUCCGGCGAUGUCCAACUUCAAUUCACUUUGUACGAUGUUACCAAUCCUUCUGCCAGUUCUGCUCAGAUUCUAGAGAAAUUCAGAACUCUGGUGGGAGCUGAGAGUCCUGGUUUAGUGACGCCGUUACGAGAACUAGAUUCAAUUACACCUGGUACGGAAAUGACGGAAGAUGAUUAUUUCGAUGAGGGCACGGAGCCAAGUGACGAAACCGAUGAUCCAUCCAAACCCGAGAAUUCUGAGAAACGGAAAAAGAGAUUACGACUCAAGGGACUAAGGAAGAAGAAGCAAUUGAAUGCAUAUGAAUUUUCUGGUGACAGUGAGGUUGUUGGAAUUGUUUUCCUAGAAAUUGGCAAGGUUACAGAUCUUCCACCGGAGCGAAAUAUGACGAGAACAUCAUUUGAUAUGGAUCCUUUCGUGGUUGCAUCUCUGGGAAAGAAAACGUAUAGAACCAGAGUCAUUCGACAUAAUUUAAAUCCAGUCUUCAACGAGAAGAUGAUAUUCCAGGUUCUGAGGCAUGAGCAAACCUAUUCUCUUGCGUUCACAGUUGUCGAUAGAGAUAAGCUGUCUGGAAACGAUUUUAUUGCUUCGACUGUAUUGCCAGUCAAGGAUAUCACCGACACUGCUCCAGAAGCUGAUCCAGAAACCGGUCUUUACGCUAUGAGAGAUCCCCCUAAUCUCAAUACUUUGGUCGUACAGCAACCUCAAGCGAAAGGCUCUCGAUUUAAAUUGCCGAUGUCAAGAUCUACAUCCUCACAAAGCUUGAACAAACUGGGACGUCCAAUUUUGAAGAAGGAGUUGUCGAGCUCAAACACGAACAAUGGAGGAACCUCCAGUAAAACUACGCCGACUCUUGCUCCUACCAGUAUUCCAGCAACCACUCCAGCAGGUCUUUCUCCGAACGAUUCUCUAUUACCACCCCCGGUUGUUGAGCCAGAAGAAUCAGGCGAGCAAUCGGGUGACCCCGAUUUACACUCAUUCGAAGUUCCAUUGAAACUCAAAAAUGCGGAAAAGUGGGAAGAGAAACAUAGUCCAGUCUUAUAUAUUAAGGCUAAAUACGCCCCUUACCCGGCUUUACGACAGCAGUUCUGGAGGGCAAUGCUCAGACAAUAUGAUAGCGAUGAGAGUGGAUGUAUCAGUAAGGUAGAACUUACGACCAUGCUGGAUACACUUGGCUCGACUUUGAAAGAGUCCACUAUUGAUGGAUUCUUUAGACGCUUCCAAUCACAAAAUGAAGAUAGGCAAUUUUCAGAGUUGACUGUUGACCAAGCUGUUAUUUGUUUAGAAGACCAAUUGCAGAAGAAGACAAAGGAAACUAAUAUUGGGGAUAAGAUGAGAAAUUUGUUGCCCGAUGCUUCAGCAAUGAAACACGCUAUACCAACUCAGCUUGGUGGAACCAGAGGAGAUCAAUCUGCAGAUGCAGCUGUUACUGAAACAUCUGCUCCAUCAGAGACUACAUCAAAUCGAUUUCAGACGGAGGGAUCUGAUGAUCCAUACCCAUCAACACAAUCUGUCGACCAGUUAGGUACUCCUGGAGAAGAAGGUGAACUUUUGGACUCGGACGAUCUCAACAAUGAGACUGAAGAACAUGUGGUUGAAAUUCGAGAAUGCCCAAUAUGUCAUCAACCUCGUCUUAACAAACGAUCUGAUGCUGAUAUCAUCACUCAUAUCGCUACCUGUGCUAGUCAAGAUUGGCGACAAGUCGAUAAUUUAGUUAUGGCUGGUUUCGUUACAUCUAGUCAAGCACAACGCAAAUGGUACUCCAAGGUCAUCACUAAGAUUUCCUACGGCGGUUACAAACUUGGUGCAAAUUCUGCCAAUAUUCUCGUGCAAGAUCGUAUUACUGGACAAAUUAAUGAAGAGAGAAUGAGUGUUUAUGUUCGUUUGGGUAUUAGACUGCUAUAUAAAGGAUUAAAAUCUAAGGAGAUGGAAAAGAAGAGAAUUCGCAAGCUUCUUAAAGGCUUGAGUUUCAAACAGGGUGUCAAAUAUGACGAUCCUGCUUCAGCAGCAGAAAUCCAGAAGUUCAUUAAUUUCCAUCAAUUGGAUAUGAGUGAAGUUCUACUCCCAUUGGAACAAUUCAAGAGCUUUAAUGAGUUCUUCUAUCGUCAACUCAAACCAGAUGCACGACCAUGUUCAGCACCAGAUAAUCCUCGCAUCAUCGUUUCGCCUGCUGAUUGUAGAUCAGUUGUCUUCAACAGAAUGGAUGAAGCUACCAAGAUUUGGGUUAAAGGUCGUGAAUUCUCGAUUGAAAGGCUCCUUGGUAAUGCAUAUCCAGAAGACGCAAAACGAUACACAAAUGGUUCAUUGGGUGUCUUCCGUCUCGCUCCACAAGAUUAUCAUCGUUUCCAUAUCCCAGUUGAUGGUGUUAUGGGAACUCCAAAAACCAUUGAAGGAGAAUACUAUACAGUCAAUCCGAUGGCUAUUCGAUCCGCACUUGACGUGUAUGGAGAAAAUGUCCGUGUGGUUAUCCCAAUUGAUUCUCUAGAGCAUGGAAGAGUCAUGGUUAUUUGUGUGGGAGCAAUGAUGGUAGGAAGUACAGUUAUUACUCGAAAGGGGGGCGAAAAUGUUAAACGUGCUGAAGAACUCGGAUACUUCAAAUUUGGUGGUAGCACUAUUCUUCUUUUGUUUGAAGAUGGUGCUAUGAGAUACGAUGAUGACUUGGUAGGAAAUUCUAGUCAAGCUUUGGAAACUUUGAUUCGUGUGGGUAUGUCUAUUGGUCACCAUCCAAGUGAAGGUCAACAUACACCUGAUAUGCGAAAGAAUGAAGAAGAUAUCACCGAAUCCGAAAAAGCGGAGGCAAAGAGGAGAAUUGAGGGUAGCAUCUCAAAUCAAGGGGGUAAUCUAACGGGAAAGGCACCAAAGGCUAGUAUGGCAGGUUAG